CAAUCGUCGUGUUCACCCAUCAGCGCCUCACUCACCUCACCUGCAGAUCAUCAAAGCAUUGCUCGCUCGCUCGCCGAGGAAGCAAGGAACCAGCAAUGGCGGCGGCAGGGCUGCAGGUGUUCGGACAGCCGGCGUCCACCGACGUGGCGAGGGUCCUGACCUGCCUCUUCGAGAAGAACCUCGAGUUCGAGCUCGUCCGCAUCGACACCUUCAAGAAGUCGCACAAGCUCCCCGAGUUCAUCAAGCUACGGGAUCCAACUGGGCAGGUGACAUUCAAACAUGGUGAUAAAACCAUUGUCGAUUCGAGGGCCAUCUGCCGCUACCUGUGCACCACUUUCCCCGAGGACGGCAACAGGACGCUCUACGGCACGGGCUCCCUGGAGCGGGCGUCGUUAGAGCAGUGGCUGCAGGCCGAGGCCCAGAGCUUCGACGCCCCGAGCUCGGAGCUCGUCUUCCAGCUCGCGUUCGCGCCGCACCUCAAGGACGUGCACCCCGACGAGGCCCGCAUCGCGGAGAACGAGAAGAAGCUCCAGAGCAUGCUGGGCGUGUACGACGAGAUCCUGUCCAAGCACAAGUACCUGGCCGGCGACGAGUUCACCCUGGCCGACCUGUCCCACCUCCCCAGCUCGCACUACAUCGUCAACUCCUCCGAGAGGGGCCGCAAGCUCUUCACCGCCAAGAAGCACGUGGCCAAGUGGUACGAGAAGAUCUCCAGCCGCGACUCGUGGAUGCAGGUGGUCAAGAUGCAGAAGGAGCACCCCGGCUCGUUCGAGUGAUGGGCAGCUCGGUCGGCGGCUUCGAUUGGAUCGUCAGGCUUCAUACCGUGAUGUGGUUGUCACCAGCAAGUUCGUCGUAUCAUCGUACGUCCUGUGGGCUAAAAUAACAUGAAGCCUGCCUUACGGUGUCUCAAUGUCUGAUUGUCUUCCUUUCGCUGCAUAUGCACGCGAUGUCUUUCUUUAUGGGUAUUGUAUUGGUCAGUUCCUUUUUGUUGAUUCAAUAAAAAUGCGUCCGAGCCUUUUUGCUCGUUUGCAGUA